AUGUCCGACGAAGAUGACCCAAGCAGCCCGACCUCGCCCCUCUCCAAGAAAGCCCGCCUAGCCCACUGGAUAACAGGCGGUACCAACCGCGGCCCAUCGACCAUGUCCUCCUUCAUCCGCAUGACGAGAGACCGCAAUGACAUCAAGAAAGCAACCAAGGCCUGGUCCCUCGCCGGGGAGCGUGCGCUUGACGAGCACCAGAGCCAGUGGGGGGCGUCAAGGCCGAAAGGGGCGGCCUUGAUCAGAUGGUAUCGGGAGGGCGGCGGCGGCGGAGGUGGCACACAUGAGGCGAAUCGUGGGGAUGCCGUACAGCAGCCUGAGAUGCAGCAACGGGGACGGCAGGGACAAGGGGAGGCGGCUCCUGUAGAGGAUGACAUAUAUCGGGCAGGCGACAACACCCUUGGGCAGAGGGCUGAGGGAGGCAACACUGGUGAUGGUGGCACAAUAACAGCAACAGCGACUGGGGAGGGAGGCGAUGACCGCUAG